AUGCAGCCCAGAUCCCCCGGCAGCGGAAAAGGCGGAGGGUUGGACAGCGACGAGGACGAGGCGACGCCGGUAGAUGCGGGGUACGAGGUGGCUGAGGAGCUUCCGGAGGAAGCUUCCGCGAAGAAUCGGCGGUAUGAUGACGUGGACGUGUACGAAUACGAGCUUCCUGCGGACUUCGAGGACGAGGAGAUUGACGAGGACGAGGCUUUUACCGAAGAGGAGAAGAAGAUGGGCAUGGGGCGAGCCAGGAAGCCCCGGGGUGCCAUUGCACUGAAAGCAUCAGCAGUGGUGGAGGAGAGUCUACCUGAGUCAGAGUUGAACCUCACAGCAGCUAAGGGCGCAGCUCAAUCCUUGCCUCACCCUUGUCUGCUCACUGCCUUGCCCUUGUCGACUCUCCUUCCCCUUCUUCCCCUGCAUUCAAUGUACAGCCAGGAAGCCUCGGGGUGCGAUAGCAUUGAAAGCAUCAGCAGUGGUGGGGGAGAGUCUACCCGAGUCAGAGUUCAACCUCACAGCAGCCAAGGGCGCAUCAAUCCUUGCCUCGCCCCUCUCUGCUCACUCUCUUGCCCUUGUCGCCUCCCGUUCCCCUGUUCCUCCUCCCCCUUUCCGUCACAGCUAGAAAGCCACGAGGCUGGGGCUGACCUGUCAGGCUUGGCGAAAGGCUCGGCGGAAGGCUCGGCGGCGGCAGGUUUGGGAGUGGGAGGUUCGGCGCUGGCGGGACUGAAGAAGCAGAUGAGGCGGAUCGAGGCGAGUGGUGCUCCUGACACGGGGCCUCUUCCAACUGUUGUGCGGGAGCGACUGGAGAGAAAGGCUGCCUACAAGGCCUCUAGUAAGGAAGCAGCCAAGUGGCUCCCACUGGUGCAGCAGAACCGCCAGGCGCCCUCCCUCAACUUGAUAGACGAGAUGCCCGCCCUGCCCACGCUCAAGUCAACGGACAGGCUGGUCAACAAGUUUCGACCACAGUCAGAGAUGGAAAAAGAGGUGGCUGCUGCGCUGGCGGCCGCAGGUGUUGGCGAUGACAGGCGAAUCGCGCAUGGAGAGGCACUGGCUCUCAACAAGAUGUCGGUGGAAGAAGCGAGGGAAAGGAUGAACCGACUAGCCAAGAUGCGAUCGCUGCUGCUGCAGCACGAAGCAAAGGCGAAGCGAGUCAAGAAAAUUAAAUCCAAAACCUUUCACAAGAUGGAAAGGAAAGCAGAAGAGAGGAAGCGAAAGAAGGGGCUUGCAGCGGGAGGGGAAGCGGGCGGGGAGGAGGAGUGGGAGGACAAGGAGGCAGCAAGGGAAGCAGCGAUAAAGCAGGAGUAUUUACGCGCUAAGGAGAGAAUGACCCUUCGACAUAAGAACACUUCCAAGUGGGCGAAGAGGAUUAUAGAGAGGGGAAUGGCGGCGAAAGCGGCGGUCGGAGGGCAGGGCACGAGAGAGGCGAUAGCAGAGCAGCUUAGAACGCAUGCCAUGCUGACUAGAAAGAUUCACUCGGCGACGAUUGGGAGAGGGGAGGAGGACGAGGAUGAGGAGGAUGAGGAUGGGGAGGGGGAGGGGGAGUGGGGAGAGGAGGGGAGUGGAGGGGAGUCUGGGGGGAGUGAGGGGGAGGAGGCCGGAGGGAAGGGAGGGGGAGGGGAGAAGGAGGGAAGGCGGCUUGUGGCGAGUGCUAAGGCGAGAAUAUUGAGGGCGCUGGAAGGGAAAGGAGGAGGGGAUGGGGGGAGGGGGAUGGGCAAACGAAGAGUGGCCUUUUUGCUUUGCCAGUAUGGGAGCGGGGAGGAUGGGGAGGGCACGGGGGGAAAGGGGGGAGGUGGAAGUGGGGGUGAUGGGUGGGGUGGGGGAGGGGGAUGGGGAGAUGAGGAGGAGGGAGAGAGGGUGGGAGGAGGGAGGAGGGUGUUUGGAAAUUUAGGAGAGAGAGUAGUGGGAGGGGAGGGGCAGGAGGAGAGAGACGAGUGGGUGGCCGUGAGAGAAGAGGAAGGGGAGGAGGGAGAGGAGGAGGAGGAGGGAGGGGGAGGCGGAGGGGAGGAUGGUGGGGGAGGAAGGCAAGGUGGAAUGGGGAAGAGUGGGGUGAAGGCUGGGGGAAGGGGAGAAGGCAGGGGAGAGGGAAGGAUGUUGAAGGAAGAAAGGGAGGCAGCACGGCAGGUGAAGGCGAUGCUUGGAGCUGGGAAAGGAUUUUCCUUCUCGGGGUUAAGCGUUGUCAACAACUCUGCAUCAGCCCCUGUAGACGUUUCAUUGCCCCCUUCCAAGGGGGAUAAUAAGAGAGAGGCAGGAGCAGGGGAGGGGGAUUUGCAGUCUCACUCUCACCCCCUCUAA